AUGAUCAGAAUAACAUUAGGCGCUUUAUUCAGAUAUUAUAUUUUUUUAAAUUAUCAAUAAACAAGCUUUUAUUGUUCCUUAAAAUUCAUCCUAUCUUUAGUUUUUUCUCUUCGAGAAACUAUUACCAAGAUUAAUUGCUUAUAUCAAUAUUGCAGUGUAGAAGUAAAUACUUGUCAAAAAGACUAAACUUGGUAACUGAAGAUCAUUUAUUCUAGGAAAAAAUAAAUAGCUGAUUGUUAUUAGAAUACUAUGGAUGAUUUAUCCCCAGCGAAUAUAAAGAAGCAAAGCAGCUGUAAGAAUAAUUAAAUAUUUUAUGUAUGA